AUGCAGAAAUUCCUGCAGUUGGCGUUGCACUUGGUGACUCUCGCCAAGAUCAUAUCGGGCGAGUUCACCAACCCCGGGAAGCAAGGAGAGACUCUGAUUCUCGGGCAGUCUUUGCGCAUUACGUAUCGGGGCAUCGAUUAUCAAAAUUAUACCAUUGCAUUGUGGCAGCAGUCACCUACUGGAGGGUCAGCAUCGUUAGGCCCAGCUAUUUUUCAGACGACAGAUAGCCGAUCUAAUAGCUUCGACUGGGUUGUGCAGGUCUACAACUUCGACCUCACUUACUCCAACAACUUCUUCUUCUGGCUUUUUCAAGGCGACUACUCAAACCAGGGCCACCCAAAAGACGCCAAGAAUAUGGUGUCAGGUUACUUUUUCAUUUCUUACGCAGAAACUUCAGCUUCGACAUCCUCCUCCUCCUCAGCCAGCGCGACCACGACUGCAACGUCCAUCAGCGCCACCACUCCCGCCAUCAGUCAACCAUCCUCGAGUUCGACGCCACCAAGUAGCCAGGGUCUAUCAACUGGUGCCAAGGCUGGAAUUGCGGUCAGCGCCGCCGCCGGUGGUCUUGCUAUCGUUGGCGCUGUUGUGUUUUUUACACGGUACAGAUCGCAAAAGAACACGGAGCUUCAACAAGCAAUUGCAAUCGGCGGCGGUAGCCAGUUCUUCCCAACGCCGUAUACAUCUCCGCUACCCCCGGGCGCUGAAAUGUACUACAAGUCUCACGGCAGGGAAAUGUACGAGCAAGUAGAUCGUCGUAAAUUGCGGCUCGAAGUUGUCUUUAGACAAUGCCGAAUUGCGCAACGGUACACGGCCUCCCGGCGACCAUGUGGCGUUCCGAGUCUGCCGAACCCGAGUCGCCCCGCCGACAAGCGUUGGCUCGAAUUUCUCUUCUUCAAAAUAUGCGCUCUUGCUGUUUAUAGCUAUUGA